AUGGAGUUCCUUCCAGCACUCCAGCAUGGCAUAGACGACCUCAAGCCCUCGCUCUUCGAACUCCUUUCCGAGCAGCAACUCGCAUCGCUCCUGCCCCCAUCGCUGCGCUACCUCCUCGCCAUCACAACACCCCGGUAUCCGCGAUAUCUACUUCCCAUACUCAAUUCCUUCGAUGAGGUCUACGCGCUGCUUAUGCUGCUCGUCGAGCGCCACUUCCUGCGCACAUACGGCGGAUCCUUCACCGAGAACUUCUACGGUCUCAAGCGCGCUCGGGUGCUGAGAGUGCGAGGAGGCGAGAUACCGCGCGCACAGCUAGGUGCAUCCGACAGCGUGCGCGAGGCUGUCAAGCUGGGCAACGGCGACAUCUGGAAGAACCUUGCCGUGCUCGUUGGCCUGCCGUGGCUGAAGAGGAAGUUUGACGAGGGCUACGACGUUCACGCUGCGCAUGCGAACCUCCUGGGCCCUGGCUACAACCGGGAUAGAGAAGGAUUACGGGCCGGAGCGACUGUCAAGGAGCGACUGAUGCACUACUACAAGUGGUUUUUACGGAACAUCUACCCCAGUGUGAAUGCCGCCUACUACUUCUCCUUGCUGGCAUUCAACAUGGCAUACCUCUUUGAUGGCACAAAGUAUCACUCGCCCUUCAUGUGGUUGAUCGGCUCACGGAUACGGAGAUUGGGCGAGGCGGACCACAGGGCGAUUGAAAUUGCAACCGCACCAAGAAAGGUUGGGCCUGCGCGGCCUGGAGAGGGCGGAUCCAUCUUUUCACCAAGAAACAUUGCGAGGAGCAUCGAGCCGCGUUUGUUGAGCUCGCUAAAGAUACUCCUCCCGACCAGUAUCUUUGCGCUCAAGUUUCUAGAGUGGUGGCAUGCUUCAGACUUUGCCCGACAGCUAUCGAGGAAAGCCGCUGAGAACAUCGAUCUCCCACCACCGAUACUACCAUCCCUUCCGCCUUCGGCAAAGCAGCAAUCGUCGAAGCAGGCAGAAUCCUCCGAAAAGGCGCGUCCAGCAUCGUCUUUGUCAGACAAACCCCAACGAAUCGACCCUCCGAUAUCCUCAACCACCCUCCUCCCCAUCCUCACCGUACCUACACCACCCUCAUCAGCCUUGUGUCCGAUCUGUGUUACACCCAUCAUAACUCCAACAGCUUCGCCCACAGGAUUCGUCUACUGCUACACUUGCAUACACCGAUGGGUUGGAGGUGAGCAUGACCGCCAGCUCGCCUUCAUGGAGGGUGCCGCAGGAUUCCGAACAGGAGACGACGGGGAAGCAGAAGACGAGGGCUGGGGCCGAGAAGAAGGAAGCCGUGAAGGAAGAUGGGAGAGCGCCAUGGCCCCACCAACGAUACCACCGGAACAGCCGGUCAAUGACUUUGCAAACGAUGUCGCAUCACAGAUGGAGGGCUUUACCCAGUCGCAAGAUAUAGCAGAAGAAGCCAUUGCACGGGAUCGUGAAGAAGACAACUCGGCGUCCGAAGAUGACAACGACUCUUCCUCGGGUUCGGAUACAGUCAGGCAAUAUUCCAUGAUAAACUCUUAUCGCCGGCCUUCCUACGUUAACCCAGGAUCACGCGGUACAGCUAUAAUGUCUACCAGCGUACCUGAAAGGAGUCACCUACCAACGUCAUGGAAGAAACACAGUCAUUUGUCGAAGAAAGAGAGGGAGACCGUGCGAGACGAGGAGCGGAGCCUGCUUCGCGAUAAUCAUUUGAUUCCACCCAAGCAUCCAAGAGCUGGAAGCGAAGGACCUUUUGACCGAGUACGAUCUAGGAUGUCUAUUUCAGGGCUACGAAAGGUCAAGAGCACUCCGGACGAGGAGAGCGCAGUGGAGUCACCUUCUGAGCGCACGACGCUACUCGGAGUGUCAGAAGGCGAUCCAAGCCAACCAUAUGGGGGCCUAGACUCACCAAAAACGAUCAACAAGAAAUGGAACGAGGCGGUUGCAGCGGGAAAGAUCAACACAAGUUGGCAGCGGGAAGCAAAAGUUUUGACGAAGAGCUCCGCACCGCUCAUCCUGACCUUCUUGCUACAAUACAGCUUGCCAGUGGCGAGUAUCUUCACAGUCGGGCAUAUCGGCAAAACUGAACUAGGAGCCGUGAGCCUGGCCAGUAUGACUGCGUCCAUAACGGGCUAUGCAGUGUAUCAGGGCCUGGCUACUUCACUCGACACGUUGUGUGCGCAAGCAUACGGCUCCGGGCGUCCUCACCUUGUCGGUCUGCAACUGCAACGCAUGUUGUACUUUCUGCUUUUGAUCACCAUCCCGAUAUCACUCAUAUGGGCUUUCGGCACACAGAUCCUAUCGCUUAUCGUUCCAGAGAAAGAGACCGCACGCUUAGCUGGACUGUACCUGAAGGUUCUUAUUGCUGGAGCACCUGGGUAUGCAGCUUUUGAAUCUGGAAAACGCUACGUACAGGCACAAGGCAUCUUCAGCGCGACCAUGUACAUUCUGCUUAUCUGCGCUCCACUCAAUGCUUUCUUGAAUUGGUUCAUGGUCUGGCAUCUUGGCUGGGGGUUCAUCGGAGCACCCAUUGCUGUCUCGAUCACGGAGAACGUCCUUCCUCUGCUGCUCUUUCUCUACGUCAGAUUCAUUGACGGAUACCAAUGCUGGGGCGGUUUUGACAGACGAGCGCUAAGAAAUUGGAUGCCCAUGGUGAAGCUUGCGCUUCCUGGUCUGGUCAUGGUGCUUGCAGAAUUUCUAGCUUUUGAAAUCCUGACACUAAGCUCGUCAUGGCUUGGUCCAACUGAACUUGCAGCGCAGUCUGUACUCGGGUCCAUUACCGGUAUUACUUUCCAGAUACCCUUCCCAAUGAGCGUAGCAGCCUCCACACGCAUCGCCAACCUCAUUGGAGCUACACUAGCAGUUCCAGCGAAAACAGCAGCUAAAGUCGCUGUCUGUGCCUCAAUCGUCGUCGGCAUCUUCAACCUCCUACUCCUUUCACUUCUUCGUGAGGCUAUACCUCGCCUCUUCACACCCGACGAAGAAGUCAUUGACAUGGUGGCAAAGCUUCUCCCAUUGUGCGCCACCUUCCAAGUCUUUGAUGCUCUAGCGGCAAACUGUAACGGCAUCUUGCGUGGCUUGGGUAGGCAGGAAAUUGGCGGUUAUGUUGGACUUUUUGCCUACUAUGUCGUCGGUAUUCCAAUCAGCUUCGGUACUGGAUUCGGGUCGCCGCAUUGGGGUUUGUAUGGACUUUGGAGUGGACCAGCGAUUGCACUUGGCAUCGUAGCUGCCAUCGAAGGCAUUUUCAUAUGGCGGACCAGUUGGGACAAAGCAGUAGAGGAUGCCAAGGUGCGAAAUGCCGCAAACUAA